AUGUCGCCUUUAAGCUUAAGGGUUGACAGAUUCCAAAGCACAAGUUUGGUUGAUUGGGUGAAUUCCAUGCUUACUACGCUUAAGGCUGAUGAAUUGCAAUUAUUUGUUCUCUCCUUGUGGUCAAUUUGGAAUGAUAGAAAUAAUAUUGUUUUUGGUAACAGGAGGCUGGCCCCUGAUAUGUUGUUUAGUAACAUUCUGUCUAUGCAUUCUGGUGGUAGCUCAGGUCAUCAGGUAGUUAUUUCGGAGGUCAGAUCGCAAAACCAGACGUGGAAUCCUCCUCCACCCCAUGCUGUCAAACUGAAUACUGAUGCAGCAGUCUCUAUUGAUAAGAAGAUGUCUGUUGCAGGUGCUGUUUGUAGGAACAGUGAAGGCGUGGUGUUGAAGAGUGGAGUUUGUGUUAUGCAGGGGAUUUAUGACGUAGAAUUGGCUGAAGCUAUGGCGGUCGAGUUUGGCGUGAAGAUGGCAGCAUAUAUUCUGUGUGAGGAACUGAUUGUGGAGUCUGAUUCACUCAAUGUUAUUCAAAGAUUUCACAAGCAUGAUGGUGCCAUUGAUCAUAUUCAGCUCAUAAUCGAAGAUUGCAUUGCUAUUCCGCUGAGUUGCUCGGUUCGUUUUCAACAUGCCAGACGAUCUUAUAACAUUGUUGCCCAUGCUAUGGCAAAAUGGGGUAUGUUUAUUGGUAGAAAUCGUUUGUUUGACGGUGAAGUUCCGUUUCCAGUAAAUGAACUCAUUGUUAUUCCUUCUUAA